AUGGAUCAGCUCGACCGGAGUGAUACCACGGCCUCACAGACAACCGGCCAGAAGCACCCACAUGUCAUCUUUGAGGCGCGAACGAAGGCGAACAAGGGCUGUGCCAACAAGUUGGAGUUCAGGCCCAAGAGUCGUCGCACCAAGCACGUGCCCUUCGUCGAAGAACCGCUUGCUGAUGACCCUGGCAAUAUGGACUCAACAACAAGAACAAAAGAAGAACGAGCGUGGAGAUGGUGGCAGGACGCAGGGUUGCGCGCACUCAACCGACGCAGGCGUGACGUUAGAGAAACCACGAAGUACAUAGAGACAGCCCUAGUGAUUGACAAGGCUAUGUUUGACAGAAGAAACGGCAGCACCAGGUCGGAGGUCGUCCAUGAUGCUAUUCAAGUAGCUAAUAUUGCUGAUCUGUAUUUCCGCACACUGAACACCAGGGUAUCCCUGGUGUACAUCGAGUCCUGGCAGAGCGCAGACCAGGCGGACAUCGACCGAAAGCAGGACAUCACCCGCGCCAUACACAAGUUCAGCGACUACACUGCUCGGAAACUGUUCAAGAUUGAGAAGGAUACUACUCAGUUGCUCACCGGGCUGACGUUCCCGGGAGGCGAGUCCGGAAUAUCAGUCCCAGACACGCUGUGCACGCCCAAGUCUGUGGGCAUAUCCGUGGACACCAACACUUACGAGCCGCACCUACUCGCUGGGACCAUGGCGCACAUGAUUGGACACAAUAUAGGUAUGGGCCACGAUGACGGUCGGGAGCAAUGCUUCUGCCGUGACUGGCAUGGCUGCAUCAUGGCGCAGUCCAUUGUGGGCUCCGACAACGUGCAGCCUUACAAGUUCUCUGACUGUUCCAAGAACGACUACAUCAACGAACUCAGGGUCGGACAAGGACUGUGCUUGCUCAAUAAACCUAAUGAGUUGGUGAUCCACCACCAAUGUGGCAACGGACGGUUGGAUGAGGGCGAGGAGUGUGACUGCGGUACCAUAGCGGAGUGCCAGAACAGUAACCCAUGCUGCGACCCCUUCACCUGCCGACUCACCAAGGAGUCGCAGUGCGCUUCUGGAGAGUGCUGCGAAAGAUGUCAGCUGAAACCACGCGGCGUUACUUGCCGGGACGCCACCAACGAGUGUGAUCUGGAAGAGACAUGCACAGGGCUCUCUGGAUCCUGUCCUCCUGACGCCCAUCGGAAGAAUGGAGAGCCUUGCGAGGACGGCAAAGGGUACUGCUUCGCGGGACAGUGUCCCACAUUGUCCCUCCAAUGCGAGAGGAUUUGGGGCCAAGGGACGUUAGGAGCUGAUAAGGAGUGUUUCGAGCAGUUCAAUUCUAAAGGAGCAGUGACUGGACAUUGCGGGAAGGAUGGCAAUGGACAUUUUAUCAAGUGUGAGACUGAGAAUGUUCGCUGUGGCUCCCUGCAGUGUCAGCAGGGUAACCGAUACCCUAUUGUAUCUGGCAUGGACGAGUACUACACUAGAACCGUCAUCAGCAUCAAGGGUAGCGAGUAUGAAUGCAAAGCUACCACAGGUCUUCCAAAGCCUUCAGAGAUUGCGCCCCUCGGGCUGGUGAGGGACGGCACUCCGUGUGGAGACAACCUGGUCUGCGUCAACCAAACCUGCACUUCUAUCUUCCCGUACAUCGACCACACCAAGUGUCCCACAGACCAUAAUAACAACGAGUGUUCUGGAAAAGGGGUAUGUUCGAACAUGAACAAGUGCGUCUGCAACCGCGGCUGGACAGGUCCAGACUGCUCGCACCACGACGCACUCCCCCCUUCCCCCACUCCCUACGUUCCAGACAACAGCACAAAAGCUGCCUACAACAUGACCAAGAAGGAAACACCGUAUGAGAACUACCACGGCUCGAACACGGUUUUCCUCGUGGCGGUGCUCAUGUCUGUGGUAGGGGGGGUAUUCAUAGUAUUUGCCCUGAGCGCUCUCUGCUACAGGAAAAAGAGUACGUCACGGAAAUACGACCCGCCUUACGUCAAGAAACCGAUUGCGAAGAGUUUCGCAGCCGGCUCCACCACCUCUAACAACUCGCAAGAAGACAUUUCUCUGGACGGAGGAAAGAUGCACUCCUUCAACAACACGUUCAGUCGUGGAGACUCCCAGCGCGUGAUCUUCAGACAUGGCAACCACAUGUCAGGCUCUGGCAGUACCAGUAGAUAUCCAGAUCACAAACAAAUGAAAAGAGUGCACUCCGGCAGUGAAGACGAGCCCACACAUUCGGGUGAAGAAGACAUAGCAUUUAUCGACGUAGCUCAAAAUUCGAUGGCAAAACUGCCAGAAAAGGGGAUUCUAAAGAAACAUGGAUACGGCGCAGUGGAUGGCAAGGACAAGUGGGGGGACGACUCGCAGUCUGAGCAGCUGGAAGCAGGUUCCCAAUCUGAUGGACAAGAGCCAGCUGGAGCGGUCGCUGAUAUGGAAUAUAAGUUUAAGGACCUUAAUGGCUACCACGAAAACAUAAUCGUAGCACUAAAAACUGCGGCGGCGCAACGUGCUAGCGCGGGCGCAGGGGGCGUGGCGAUCGGCUCCGGUGAUCUACGCGCAUUGCAAGAGUAUGAAUAUAAUAAACGAGAGCGAGCGCCCUCCGCUGAAAAGAUCCAUGAAACUGAACUUCGCCGCCAACGUAACGAUGAAGAGGAAGAUGAACCUCCACAAUGUGGACCAAUCCGCAUUCGCAACCUCGAGGAUCUCAUCCGACAACUUGAGCACCAUUCCAGUAGACACAUGAGCCCCUCAGGCUCCGAAGACAUCAGAAUGUCAGAGACAGAAGCCGAUAGACACUAUAGAAUUGAACCUGGAGAUAUAGCAGCCGCUAGAUGUCGCGGGCGAAUCGGCGGUGGCGAAGAGGAGUCUCGGUUCGGCUACCCUCGGUUCCGCGGCAGCGGGCGGCACCACGGGCCGCUGUUCGGCGGCGCGGCGGCCGGCGCGGGCGCGGCGCUGCCCCCGCACGCCGGCCACGCGAUGCCCGCACCGCACGCGCCCCACGCCCCGCACGCUCCACACGCCGCGCACGCCGCGCACUCCCCGCACGCCGCGCACGCCGGCCUGGCGGGCCACGCGCGCCCCCCGCCCGACGACGACGCGCUCUAUGAGACCGCCGACGCCGAAAGACUUCGGGAUGCUCCCGACAGUGAGAGGUGA